GUUGGAAUUGAAUAUGCUUUCAUGCAAACACGAUAUCUUCAAGUUGUUAUUCACCGUGUAGUAUUUGGUAACAUCGGCUUGACAAUAAUGGCAUUAAAUCAUGACCACGUCCCCCAUCGCUCAAGCGUCAUUCUCUCUUUUGCGUUCUCAUCCGCAAAUGGGGUUCCUGAUAUGAUCUGCACAAUUACUGUCAGCGAAGCCAAGUUGCACAAUGAACACGUUAGCUACACUGCUGACAUGGGCCUGCGCCUCGUGGCGUAGGCAUCAAUACCCCACGUUUCUUACUAAAUCAUGGGGGGUUUCGAGUUUUGCUUCUAUGCCUGCAGAUGUCUAUCCUGAAGAUCACAAGGGCGAAGCGUGGGGGCCCUGGGGCCAAAGCUUGAAAGUACCCCCACGGUCUCCUCGUCAUUCGCCCUGUUACAUCUACGUCCAACCUGCGAUUGGGGGCUGUGGCAGACUGACUGCCAGGAAUCACGGUCAUCAGCUCAGCCGGGAAACGCUCAGCGAGGACGAGAAAUGCACAACGUAUGAGCACGCUCGUAAGCCCGCACGGCGCAGUGCAUACAUAUACGGUCGCACCAGAGGACAGCUGCCUGCUCGCCUCGUCCUGCUGCCGCCAUGCUGCAUGUCUUGUGAGCUGCACGUUGGCUCCUCCGACUGUGCAAAGGAUUAUGGCUCAAGACUGCUGCGAGCAUCUGUGAUCUCUACCAUCUCUGCAGAGCUAGGACUGCGACCAACUUUACUAUCCCUCGCUUUGGAGAUCUUGACGGCACAAUGAUCACAUCCCACAGGUGCCAGAAUCGUCGGCAUACAACGCACACAUCUGCAUGCAAGAAACAUGUGAUUGCGAGGUACUUGCCCUACUGCUGCCGCCUGGAUCGUUUCGUCGCCAGUUUCGACCGAAU